GCAUAACGGAUCAGCCCUCCAUGUCUGGCACCUUUGAAGCUGCAAAGGACCUCAUUGAGCUGUCUGCGGUGAGCCUCCUCCCAUAUGGGGAGAACCCUCCGGCACCCAUGCCUUGGGUGCUGUCGAGGGGUAAGCUGGCAAUGGUGUGCUGCUCGAAGAUACCGCCCUGGCACCGCUCCCAGAGUUGGUCCCGGUUGAGUUCCAAUUCCGCGGACUCUCACUUGCCAGCAGCCCAGAAGGAAAUUUCGGCAAUGGCAGCAGGUUGGCGCGAAGAAGCACUGGAAAGGGAACGCUGUUCUCUGGCACCACCCAGAGACUGGCACCAGGAGGAGUUGAGACGGCUCUCGCCAGAGGACUCCUGCAGAUGGUCCCAUCCAGGUCCCGGUCCCCGGGAUACUGGUACCGCUCCCACUCAGCCAGGAGCCACUCGUUCUCCCGCCGGCGCAGAUUAUUGGCACUGCCAUGGCCUUCACGAUCGGCGGCGCCGCUGUCCGGCACCAACUUCGGCCACUAUAGCUACCCGCACUGGGCUCCAGACAGCAGGGACCCUCAGGGGAACUGGCAACCCCAAUGGGGCCUCCAGGUCAUUGACCCUUCUGGACCCCUUGGGCCUAUCAGGAGCACCAAGGGGCCCCGUGCAGGGCAAGUUACUCAGUGCAGCGGUCCCGGUCCCUGCACUGACCCCAGACGGUGCCGGAGGCUACAGUAUCCAGGCCUCCAGCAUCCCCCCAGCAUAACCGGAGAGACUGGCACCGAGCCUGGUGCCGUCCCAUGGACUCCUGCCCUGGCCUGAGCUGGAGGCCCCUCCCAUAGGAGAAGGGGAGCAGGAGUACCAACCAUAGGGGGUCGAGCAGCAGCUAACCUCCUCGUCUUCCCCCAAUGAGGCCGUGACGAGUACAGAGGUGUCCGGCCCUCUGCCGAUAGACCAUAGAGCCCACCAGGAAGUGCUGUGCAGGG